UCCGCGGCGCGGCUGAGCCCGCCGUGGCUGCGGCUGCCCGAGGUGCCGGGCGCUGAGGCGCACCGCACCAACGAGCUGCUGCUGCUGCCGCCGCCCGCCCCGCGCGGCCCGGCCCCGUCGCCGCAGCACCACGUCGUGUACUUCCCGGGGGACGUGCAGAACUAUCAUGACAUCAUGUCUUGCCACCCAGAAAACUUUCAGUGGGAGCACUGGAGUUUUGAAAAUGUUGCUACCAUACUCGCUCGCCGGUUCCCCAAUAGCUUUAUUUGGGUCAUAAAGUGUUCUCGAAUGCACCUGCACAAAUUCAGUUGCUAUGACAAUUUUGUGACAAGUAACAUGUUUGGAGCACCAGAGCACAGCACUGACUUUGGAGCUUUCAAGCAUCUCCAUGCUUUGCUGGUUAAUGCAUUCAGACUCUCUCAGAAUACUCUGCUGUCCCAGAAAAGUGUGCACGGUGUCAGCAAGGAUGCAAAAAUAGCUGCUUUUAAAUCACAGCCACAGUCUGUUCCUACAACAAAUGGCUGCUCGUCCAAAGAAAGGGAGAGAGAUUGUGAAUGCUCUAAUAAUUCUGCUGGGAACGUCAUGGUACCCUCUGCUGUAGAUGCAGCAUCAUUUACUUUGAUUGGCUUCAGUAAAGGUUGUGUGGUUUUGAACCAGCUGCUUUAUGAGCUGAAGGAAGCCAAAAAAGACAAGAAUACAGAUACCUUCUUAAAAAACAUAAAAGCAAUUUACUGGCUGGAUGGUGGUCACUCGGGAGGAAGCAACACUUGGGUUACUUACCCUGAAAUGCUGAAAGAACUUGCAGAGACAGGAAUUAAAGUUCAUGCCCACGUUACACCGUACCAAGUGUUUGACACAAUGAGGUCAUGGAUUGGGAGAGAGCAUGAGAAAUUUGUACAGAUACUUGAAGAAUUUGGUGUGGAAAUAAAUGAUCAACUGCAUUUUGCUGAUGAAGUUCCCUCCUUAGACAACCAUUUCAGAGUUCAUGAAGUAUUUUGAGACUGUAUGUAUAUGAACAGUAUAUUCUUUGGAGAAGCACUUUUAACACUGUAAAUGUUGUCAUCUAGAUUUUCAGCUUUGAGCAGAUGCUUUCUAAACAGAAUACUAAAUCAGUUCUGUGUUGCUAAUAGAUACUGUAUAUAAAUUUCUGUAGAUUAAAAAGGCUUAUUGGGACCCCAAAACUAUAACAGAUGUUGUUUUUCGAUUCCUGGAAAAAAAGUGUUAUGAAGAACAAUCCUAUGCAUGUUUUUUUUGUUAAAUGUGAAUGUUUAUUUUUAAACUGUUGGCAGAAUUUUUAGUCCUGGAUGUCUAAUAUCAUAAACUGCAUUUAAUAGGACUUUAAAGUACUUGGGAACUUCAGAUGUGUAGAUAUUUCAGUUGAGUGGCUUCCAGGGCUAAAAUUAUUGCUCUUUGACAAUUACAGAUGUAAGGUUAGUUUUUUGGCUUAAGGAAAUUGAUUGUAAGAUGAAUGUUAGUUAUAUAUUUUGCAGAGACCUGUUUUAUUAGGUAAUUAAAUCUUCCAGUUUUGUAACAUUUCUCCUGUUUGAAACAAAGUCACAAACACUCACCUUUGGAAUAAUAGUGCCAAUGCAUUUCUCUUCUUUAUGUGCGCCUUGCCAUUUCUGUCACUCUAAAGUUUGAUUAAUUAAUUAAUUGUGUAGUAUCUGCUAGUGAACAGCCAUUUCACCUGGGGGCUUGAAAACUGUGAUGUAGCUAUGUUAAGUAACCAGGAUUGUUGAUUAGUGCGUAGCUUGUUUGUGUUUCAAGAUACCUUGCUAUUGCUUUGCUAACUUCUGUAAGGACCAGCAGUAAUACCUUUAUUGUCACAUCAAGAGGUGACAUCCCUACCUUGGGCUGGCAAGGUUUUACUUGGUAAUUGUUGCAUUGAUGUGGCUCUUAAUCAAGCCAUAAGCACAUAAUCUAUUACAAGUUGCAUUAAAACAAUUCAGACUGUGUUGACUGUAGCUCUUUCAAAAUGCCUCCAUUUUAAUAUCCAUUAUCUCCUUUAAAUGUACUGCAGUAGUUGCUUCUAGAGCCAUCCAAGAACCUUAUUUUUGGAGCCUAAUUUUACCUACAGAAAAAACUCCUCUAAAUAGAAAGCCAGCCAGAUUUGAUACAAAAGAUGUAAUCUGGUUCAGACACCAAACCUGAGUGUACUUAAGAAAGAAAUACUGAGAGAUAGACAAUGACGGUAUUAAUGGAACUUUUCUACUGUUGCAAGUAACUUCCCAUUUACCUACAAAGCUUAGAAUUAUUCUUAAAGACAACUGCAGCCAUUAACAACGAACCAGUAACUCCAAGUGGUUUUGGAUUUCCUGGAAGUAUAGGAAUACAAAAGCAAGUUAGCAAAACACUGUGAAGAUUACACAAACAUUUGUGGCUAAGUUCUGAAAAAAGGCAUUUUAUUCAACUUUGGUUCUAUGUUUGAUGGCUUAGUGACAUCUCUGCCCUGUUCCUUGUUUCCUGUGACUCUUACACUGUGGAAAGGAAGUUUCUUCUGUUGGCAUCAUUAAAACUUACAAGGUUCCCUGCAGACAACUUUUGGCAGGAAUUGUGCACAUCAGUGAUCACUGAAUAAUGAGAAAAGUGUGUUGUACUCCUAAGAAAAUUUUCUUAACACUCAAAAUAUUAAGGGUGAUAGAAAGUUUUAUACAUACAGUGUGGACCCUCCAAUUUGAAAGAGAACUCUAUCAAUAAUAAUUAGAUUAAUGUACCUAGUUCAUAAAAAGAAAUCUAUUUAAAUUGAUGGAGAAAAGUGCAACAUGCAAACAAACUGUACAGAACCUGAAAUUUAGUUCCAUCUGCUUUUUUAUUUUAGGCUGUUUCUUGGAGAUUUCAUUCAAUCCUAUUUGUCACCUAAAGAAGUGGUUUUAAUAGAAAGCCUGCAAAUGGCUUGAAAUAUGUUUAACCAUCCACGUACAAAAUUGUAUUUUAAUGAGUAAACCAACAAAACCCCCAGAACUUUCUAUUGCUUUUGCUCCCUCAGUUUCAGACUGACUAGGCUAAGUUGGGUGUGCUAACACUUGCCCAGUCCAAUAACACUGCAGAUCAGAGACCAAUUUCUAAACAAUUCUGUGCCUGCCAAAACAUCAGAACUACGUCGCUGCAAGCUUUUGGAAAUAGCUAUUAAAAUAUUGACAUUGUCUUCAAAAGUUUCUGGAUGGCUGUCCUGUUAAAAUAAUACUAACCUGUUUGAUGGAGGCUGCCUACAAUAACUGUUAAAUAGGCUCAAGUGUUGCUGCAUUACUUUGAAGAAUAGGCACUUUGUUGUAAAACUAAUCUUGUUAUGAGACCUCGUGUUGUGGAGGGAAAACUGACUGGUUGUUUUUCAUUCUUUAAACAGCUGUAGUACUCUGUUGGAAUGUGCCUCUGUCAUUCAUUACAAUGCAUGCUAAAAAUAAAUUUUGCAAACUAUGUAGAAAAUAAACUAUUUCUAAUGGGUGAAACCACUUUGAUGUGAGUAUAAAACCAUUAAACAAGGAAUGUGCAGUUUUGUGGA